AUGGGUGGUGUGAGUCAUGCGGCCUUGCAGAUGCAGACCGUAGCUCCGCCACAUUCUACUCUCCUCUAUCAGUCUCAACGCAAGGAAUCCGGCCACGGAACAACACUUCACUGGGCCUUCAACAAUGCCACCCGGUGGAACUCGGACAUGCGUAUGAUGGAACGGGCUCUUCGACUCCGCCCGGCGCUCAAUACCUUCUUCAAUGACGUUCAGAACCGGUGGGAAACCGAGGGCCUCUGUGACAGAACGAAGCCGGCAGUUCUGCAAUACCGCUUAAGUGCGUACGACUGGAAAGUCAUCGGGGUACUUGUCAAGCUUCUGAAGCCUUUCGAGAUUGCCAACAAGCAACUUCAGGGCAGCGGUGUUCCCGGUGGUAGGUCCACAUGUGGCAGUUUCGAUGAAUACUUCCCUGUCUUUGAGAUCUUACUUGACCACCUCGAAAGUGCUAUCGAAGGCACAAUCUUCGAAGAGGUUGAGGAUCCAGUGACCAGGGAGAAGAAGGACGUCGAAGUAGCCAUUUAUGACGGGCUCGAUAGCAGGACCCGCAGGCUUCUCAAGGUCUAUAUCAAGCUCGGAUGGAAGAAGCUGCAUAAAUAUUACAGCCGGCUGACUAGCGCUGCAUAUGUCGGGGCUGUUGUCUUCAAUCCUGCGAAAAAGUGGCGCCUUCUCGAUCAACUGUGGUCUCGAGUACCCUCUCGGAAGACGAAGAGUUGGCGGUUGGAAUACGAAGCAAAGCUCUUGGAGAUCUGGGAGAAGUAUAGGGAGCGCGACGUUGACAACGAGAUCCUCGCUACGUCUGAUGAGGCCUCCAUGGAUUACAUUGAGCGGAGACUUGCUAGGACUGUAGCUGGUUCGCCAUUCAACCAGGGCUCGUUCGGAGCGUCAGGUGCCCGCAAGAGUAACCGAAAGACGAAACCGUCUACGGCGGAGCGACUGGUGAUGACGAAUAUGCUCGAUAUUGUGCCGAGGACGUCGUCAACAGCCACCACUACAGAAGCAGACCGAUUGACUGGUGGAAGAUCAACCGGAGCCGAUAUCCGCGACUGUCUUUGA